GCCCUGAAGGUAGGACAGGCAUAGAGCAUGUAAAAACUGCAUUUGAAACAUCAUGAUUUGGGAUUACAGAAUUCUCUGCAUAUUUACCAGCUGGAGCUCUAGGGUCAUUUCCUCCCAUGGGCAGGGAAACAUAUCGGUGUGGUCUCACCUUGCAGCUCCAAAGAGCAAAGGGGUUGAAAUAAUUCAAGCAGGGUUGUAGAUCUUCUUAAUGACUUGACUCUUAGCACGCAGCACAUUGCAGUAAUUAAGCAAAAGUGUCCAUCAGAGCAGCUACCUCUUGACUUCCCUGGCAUAAUUGUCUUUCUGUUCUCUGUGUGUAGGGGAUCGGUUGCUACAUGUUCCGCAUUGACGACUCCGAAGUGGUGGAUGCCACCAUGCAUGGGAAUGCAGCCCGCUUCAUCAAUCACUCCUGUGAGCCCAACUGCUACUCUCGGGUCAUCAACAUCGAUGGCCAGAAGCACAUUGUCAUCUUCGCCAUGCGCAAAAUCUACAGGGGGGAAGAACUCACGUACGACUACAAGUUCCCCAUUGAAGACGCCAGCAACAAACUGCCCUGUAACUGCGGCGCCAAGAAGUGCAGGAAGUUUUUAAACUAAGAACUUCCACGAGCUGCAAGUGAGCCCUAAAGGGCGUGGGGCGAACCAAAGCUAACAGUGAACCCCUACCCUGCCAUUCACGAGGGGAGGGGAGAGGACAGAGGCAGGAAUGAAGAUCGGCUGGGCUCAGGGACCCAACUGGCGGCUGUGUUUCUCUGUCAGAGUCCACAUCUUCAUGUCUUGCAUGCGCACACUUACCCUUACGAAAGACACGGGCGACUGGAGAAGAUCCUCAAUGUGAUUAUGUUUUUGCUAUUCUCUUUCCCACCC